UGUGCGCUGUCUGUGGUGCUGAAGCUGCGCGUGCCUCGGAGGCUGCUACCAUAGAAAUCCACCCGAGCAUCCCUCCGCGAGAGGACCAGCGCGCGAGGAUUCGCGGAAUUUUUUUCUCCACGGUUGGAAAACUGAUGGUUGGGGGGGGGGAUUCAGGAUGUUUCUACCAGCUGUUCAAGCCUUGUUUGUCUAUUUAUGAGUACAAGCAGCGUUUACAUUUCUUUUAGCAUCUGUUCUUAAAGCACAGGCUACAAACCGGAGACCUUUCUGAAUCCGUUUUCUCGGCUGUUUCUCGAGGCUCGUCGUCUCUCCGGUGCCGCCGCCUGCCCAGCCGUCUUUGCCGCUCCAACCCGCAUCCUUUAUGCACAGCACGCUGCUCCGGUCCUCCCCAACGAAACACACCUUCGUGUCCGAGCACCAUGGCCCGCUCCAGCCGCUUUCACUGAGAGACAUGGAAGCGAAGCAGCAUCAGAUAAAGAGUCUAAAAAGCUACCCGGAGACCGGCGGCCGGAGCCUGGCAGCGGCCGCCGGCGGAGACGGAGGAGGCGGCGGCGGCGGUGGUGGUGGGUAUCGUGCCGGCUCGGCUGAGAUGGAGAUGGAAACGAAAAUCCAGAAAGCCAUUGACUUCAAGGUGGAGGGUCAUCGCUGCUACAAGGAGAAGAAAUUUCGGGAAGCGAUAGGCAAGUACCACCGGGCGCUGCUGCAGCUCAAAGGGGUGCAUGUUGUCGACGGGACGACGGGCUCCGAAGUCAACCUGCUGAACCAAGCCGCGGCUAAGCUGACCGAGGAGCAGCGGAGAGCCGUAGAGAGCACCGAGAUCGAGUGCUACGACAGCCUGACAGCGUGUCUGUUGCAGUCUGAGCUGGUAAACUAUGAGAGGGUGAAGGAGUACUGUCUGAAAGUGCUGAGCCACCAGAGAGACCACUUCAAGGCCAUGUACCGAGCCGGCAUCGCCUUCUAUCACCUGGGUGACUACGAAUGUGCCCUACGUUACCUGCGUGACGCCAAGAACCGUGAACCCACAGACACCAACGUGCUGCGGUACAUCCAGCUGACAGAGAUGAAGAUGAGCAAGAGUGGACAGCGGGAACGAGAGAGCGGCAAAGAGACCCAGGGCUAACCCUCGACCUUCUCACCCUCCUGACCCUUGGACCUUUCGACCCUACAAGCAACCCCAGAUCGACCCUCCCUCUCCUCCGCCUCCUCUAUCGACUCCUGACAGCAGCACAGCCCGCAGACCGAAACAGACUGGGACCCAAUCACCUGCCAGCAAUGGACAAAAAUGGGAGACAUAUCAAGAGCUGUCUGCGACCCAUCUCCUCUGUCCUUCUCCUCCCUCCUCUUCUCCCCCUUUUCUCCCUCAGGUGCUGUGGUUCCUCUCCCUAGACGCAGACAGCCGAGCAAACAUAAAAAGAAAAAAAAAAGAUGUAUUAUACUCAUACGAAACAGUCAUUGUGAUGGACUGAAAAAGGAGCUUCAAAACAUACAUAUGAAUAAUGGACAUCUGCGUGAUUUAGUAAACAUUUUAAAAACAUAAAAUGCAUUUUGUUUCUGCUCUCUUUUGCUCUCUCUCUCGCUCUCUCUCUCUUUGUCUUAUUUUGAAAUCGUGAGGAGAAUAUUGGGUGGGGGGGUUGGGGAGCUCAACCACAACGGGAGGAGGGGAGCAGGGGUGUGUGUGUGGAGGCAGUUGGUGCAUAAAGCAGGAGACAGCGAGGGGUGCGUGUGACACAUAUCAAGACCAUAGCCCAAUUUGAUUGUACAUCCUUUUAACACCCCCCCAACAGGGCUCACUCAGGCCCUUUACCCAGACUAUGGGACUAGAAACCUUUCAUCAAGUAGAGAAAAAGCCUGCCUCUGUUCUUAAUCUAUCGCUCUCCUGUCUCACUUUUCUUUCCUGGAUGCCAUGUAUCUCGGUUUCUGGACUGUUUUUUUCAAUUCAAGGGCUAAUUCAAGUGUUUGUAAUCCUUUACUAGGGUUUUUUUUUUUUUGCUUUAGGUGUUCAUCAUACUCAGUAGUACAUAAUCAGUCAGGUGUGCUAUUGUGGAAACUGGUGUGUCUUGAAUCUGUCGUCUGAAGCCCCUCCUGGGUUGUGUGUCAUUGUUGAUGUUGUUGAGACUGUCAAAGCCCACCCCCCCCACACACACACACAUACACACACAUCCCUUUCUCUCCCUUCCAUUCCCCCACCUCUGUUCUCCCGUCAAUGAUGUCACAACGGAAAAUAGCCAAUGGGAUCAGAGUUUCAUCAACCUGCCGUUGGCUCAAUGGAGAUCCACUCUCAAGGGUUCACAGUGUUUCUAAAAGGGAGGUCCCGACCUUUUAUUGCUAAAUGCUGAAGGCCCACCCCACCCCACCCCCCGGGGCCUCAGCAAACAAACAAACGCGCCCGAGGAGACUCCGGUCAGCGUUAGUGCAGGGAAAACAAUCACACACUUCUGUCCUGACAGUCCAAAUCUCCAGUGUUGGAGCACUCAGCUUUCAGUGCACUUCAACAAGCGUGAGCCAUUUGAGAUUUCUUCCUCUUUAGGUUUGUUAAUAGAUAAAAUACCUGCAUUUGGAAAAUUGUUCCAGACGAGGACAGAUACUGUAACACACGACGUUAGCAUUAGACACUACUGAUGAUAUGGUUUGUGGAUAUCCAUGACUAGCUGUCAAAAGAAACAUAAAUAAUUUGCCACUGCUUCUCUUGUGAUUUGUGAAGCUGAAUCAUUGAUAAUGCAAAUAUUGCUUUUAUGAUAGCUUUACCACAGGCUGAAAUCUGCCUGCCCUGUUCUGCAGAAGGUUGGAUUGACGAUUUUGUGAAAGCAUGACCUGAAUUUUCCUCGUCUCUGAUGCCAUGAAACCCAGUUUCCUCUUUCCCGUGUGCAAGCCCACCACCUGCAUGUAACGUUCGGCUCCAGAGAGUUGCUUCAGAUGUUAGGGAUUGGGGGGAUUACAUCUGCUCUAUUGCUUUCUGUCAUGGCAUGCUGCCACUAAACUGUUUGCUCAUACCUCUAUUUUAUCCAUUCUGCCCUUUAUAAACACAGAAGGUGGCGACAAACUGUGAUCACAGCCAGUAGAACAGGUAUCAAAUGUAACUGGAAAGAGGGGAUCUUUGAAUAAAUUAGGGUCACCUUCUACGUUGGCCAUGGUGAGAGAUAAGAGGUAAUUCCUCUGCUUAGGAAAUUCAAAAAGAGCUGGAAGAGGAAAUCAAAGAGGCUAGAAAAGAUUUCCCCUCCCCAAUUUUUUCCAGUGACCUGCUAGGAGGUAAAUAGGGACCUAAGUGUGUCAAUGGGACUCUGGAGAGACGGCACCACGCGUUGGAGAGACCAGCAUGAUACAGAGAGGCUCCGGUGGUGGGAGAAGUAGGCCAUCAUCAGCCUCAGUAAAGAAGCUAAAAGCUCUACUGUGGCAGCGGAGACACAGAAAAGUUUAGAGCUGAUUUAUCCUUAUACACUACCUGGCUAAAAGUACGUGAGCUACGCCCACAUUGUAUAUGAUUGAUCUCAUUCCCCACAACUUCAGGCAGUAAUCUACAGCUGUAACAACCUCCACUGUUCUGGGCUUUCCAUUCGAUACUGUGACUCGGCUGCAGGGAUUUGGUCCAAUUCAACCACAACAUCAGUAGUGAUGUUGGGAGAUGAGGCCUGGAUCCUAGGUUGACGUUCCAGUUCAUCCCAAAGGUGUUGGAUGUGGUUGAGGUCAGCGAAAACUACUAAUUUAUGAAAGCACACAGUUGUCUAAAACAGUGGGUCCCCAACUUUUUACUGUCAUGGCUCUGGCUUUCUACUGAUCCCAAAGUGAAUGAGCUGCGUUUAAAAUGACGGUGUGCUGCAGCAUUCAGACGCACAUACAAGAUAUAUCUUAAUACAGUAACAUAUCUUAUAUGUCAGUGGCUGUGCAGUAAAAUAAUGACAUUUUAUUAAUGGAAAAUGAUGGCAUUUGGGAAAUACAUUCAUUUGCUUUCUUGCAGCAAAUUAGAUGUAAAGAUUGAUAAAGCGCUCAUGUCUAUAUGGUGAAGCUGAAGCCACAGACAGCAGCCUGUUAGCUUAGCUUAGCAUAAAGACUGGAAACAGUGGGGGAAAAAUAACCUGGCUCUGUUCCAAAGGGAACAAAAUAUUGAGGUGUAACAACGUAACAUUUUAUGCAGUGGACUCACUACAUACAUAUUUAACAAAAUGUUGAAUUAUUCCUUUAAGUUAUCUUACUACUCUUGCUGAAUUAAAUGAUAAUAUUACAACUAAUAUUACUACUACUAUGAACAAUUUCAAUGCUGUAAAGCACCAGUUAUCAAACAUACCAAGAUGACACGACAAUGAUAAACAUCUGAUCUGUCAGUGUCACUCAGCUCUGGGAUUAGGACUAAACCAGUAGACGCAGAAGCCGUCCUCACUCUUGAUGUGCCUCUGUAUUUUCUGUCUCUCUCUGGCCCUGGUCUCCCAGAGGAGAUAAAUCAACAAACAACAGUGAGGAAACGGCACCUGCAGGCUCGGUCUCCAUGGCUGCCUGGGCUGAGCCUACUCACCCACGGGCCCCUCGGGGAUAGGUCUCCUGCCGUGGUCCUCUCUCCACGGCACCAGUCCGCCAUCUUGUUUUUGUCUUGCUGUGCUAAGUCAUUCUGGCUCGUCGUGCGCUGUUAUGACCGUCUAGGGAAUAACUAGCUGCAUUUCUGGCUGAUCAGUUUCUGAUGAACAGCAGAGCUGACUCCGAGGCUGUUAUUGUGAGCAUAAUCUGACAACACGCUGUCUGUGCAAAUAGAGACAGAGAGACCUGAUCUCUACAUCAGUGUAGCUUUGAAAACAAACAACAAAAAGCACAACAAAAAAAAGAGACGGAAAAGUAAAACUACUGGCUGUGUUAUUUUUGCUCUUUUUACUUUGAUGUCAUUUGAGGUAAAUGUUUGUCAAAUGUCAAAGUAGUUUUUGUGAAUAUAUGAUACAAAUGUACAAAAAAAAACAAAAAAUGGAAAGUUUUAUGGUUGUGAAAAGCUUUACUUUACUGAAUUACUUUAUCAAUGGAAAAGAAAAGCAAGAGAUAGAAAAGAAUUUUACUAUAGCUCCUCCACAGAGCUGCUUUGUGACUGUGUCUGUAUUUGUUGGUAUUUCUGUUGACGUCCCUUUCGUCAAGGGAUCCAGAAUUGGCUCAGAGUACGUGCAAUGCCCUUUGAACCCCACCCCUACCCCACCCCCUGUUUCCUCCUCUGAAUGACACCCCCCCCCGCACAAGUCUGUUUCUGCACAGUAAGACGACCAGUAAUAACAGGAGUGGAUGAGAACUCUGAGGAACUGGUGCCCAAGCGCAGGGCUGCUCCUCACAGCCACAGAUCUCCGUCCUGUUUGUUUAUGUGUUGAUGGAGACAAUUGAAAGGAAAAAAAAUGUAAAGAAUGGACAUGAAGCCGGGGAUGUAAAGGCUACGACUGCGUUUUUGUCUUGCCUCGCUCCCAAGAGGCCUUUUUUUUCCCCCAUGCAACAUCCAAACAUCAACCAGGCCUCCAACACUGGUUUUACUGAACUGCUAGCCCGGGAAUGCACUAUUGAUUGGUAAAUGAAGAUAAUGAAUAAAGUUUCAAAUGAAGAGGAA